AUGUCAAACAUAUUCUCCAAUCUCAGCCUUGAUCUUGACUUAGACAUAGACGAUACCAGCUCAACUCUAUCUGCUCCUCCAUCUUCUCUUUCCUCGGUCCACACUCCUUCUACUAUUUUUGCAUCCCCUUCACAAUCACCACGCCGUGAACAAUGUCAUUUCGAACAGGUACCACGGAUCAAUGCUGCCACUUUUACAAACGAGGAAAUCGUACGUAGAGUACAUGAGACUUGUGUUAUAAACGGAAUACCUUUGGUUGUAGAGAAUUGGCAUAUGAGAAAGGAAUGGCGAAAAGAUAUAUUCUCGUUAGACUGGUUGAGAGCUAAUGUCGCUCAUAUGGCAAUUGAAGCCCGCGACAUACUCUCAAGCACAGACCAGACCAUGUUCUUGGGCGAGUAUCUUGACUAUGUGCAGAAAUUCUAUACCAAUCCCUCGGAUCGAUUGCGGGGAUUGUUAUACGGGAAAGACAUACUAUGCCCUAAAGAAUGGUCCAAUCUUGUUAAUCGCAUUCUUCCGGAAUAUUUCCACUAUAAUGGAAAGAAUGACAUGAUGGCGUAUAUUCCAACAAAGCUCAGAGCAAAGAAUCUGAUGAUGUACGUAGGGGUCGAAGGAACAAGAACACCGGCCCAUAAAGACAUGUGCGCAGCAUUUGGGCAUAAUCUCAUGGUUCAUGCUGAAGAGGGAGCAUCGGCAACGUGGUAUCUGGUUGGAAGAGGUGAUAAAGACAAAGUAGCCCAUUUCUUCACUCUACAUGGACAAAAUAUCGAUUUGGAAAAAUAUUUUAUCCCAGAGAGCGCACUCAUAGAAGCCAACUUCACGGUCUACAAGACAGAACAACGCAUUGGCGAUUUCGUAUUGGUGCCAUCUAAUUCGUGUCAUCAGGUCGUUAAUAAUGGCAAAUGUUCUGUGAAAGUGUCGUGGAAUAGAGUUAUAGCUCAGACAGUAAAGGAAGCAAUAGAAAGUGCAAUACCUAAUUAUCAACACGUCUGUCGCCCAGAGACAUACCGUGUGCGAACAGUAAUCCGUCAUACCGUAGAAUAUUGGUCUAACCUUGCCUGGAAAUUAUAUCGGUGCAAAUACCGCGGGAGACAGAUGGGGUUUGACCAUACAUUCGGAGUGCGUGACUUUCAAUAUGAAUAUGAGAUCGUACUUGACUUAUUUAAGAGGAUAUGCGAAGAUGAAUUUAUAAGACAUGAUGAUUGGAAUGGAACAGUAGAGAUAAAAAAGGCCGAAUGUGACGCAACAUUCGUAUGCGAUUUUUGCCAGUGCGACAUAUUCAACCGGUUUUUCACUUGUACCUUUUGUACAGCCCGUCGUUCUGAGGAUUACGUCAUAUGUAUGGAAUGUUAUCUUAAUGGCAGAAAUUGCAGGCAUGCUAUGGAAUUAUGCGAGAAGUUGUCAAUGCGAGUUCUGAUCGACAUCUACAAAGAGGGAAAGUUGGGAUAUGAAGUGUAUUGGGGAAAGAAGGAAGGUGUGACUGAACUGGAUCAUAACAAAGAGUUAGUAUAUUGGGAGGUGGAGAGUUUGCAUGGUGCGAGAGAAGCACCCACGUUCCCACUCCCAUUCACUCCAAUCCAAUAUUACAUACGUCCAAUAUUACCAUCUGUAAAACAAAAAAAAGUCAGACGUAGAAAACCAAAUCGCCCCAAAGCCUCUAAGAAGUUACCGUGUGCCCUUGACAAGCCACCUUGCGCAUGUUCCCGCUGUCGACGCAUGAAACGACGAUGUGACAGGGCAAUCCCUUGUGGUGCGUGCGUAAAAGCAAAAGUUGAGCGAUUUUGUGAUGUCGGGGGAUCGGUGGGAUUUCAAAAAGAAAUUAAAGACGAUGGGCAAUUAGAAACGAGG